AAUGGCACUUCUAACGUCACGAGAUUUACGUUUAUCAACGUUUUCGUAACGUUAUCAUCAUGCACACAGUCGUGAUUUUUGUGCAAAGAAAAUAUACCAGGUGUGAUGAGAAUUUUUUUGUAUCCUUCCUUUACCAUUCUGCAGUUCCAGUUCAAUCAAGCAGCAGAGCUUUAGUUACUAACUAAAGAUUUAUAUAAUGUCUGAACAACCGUAAGUCAACUCAUAAACAACUGUUUUUGCAGACAAGGAGAACCAUCCCAGUUCAAAAGUGUGCUAAACGCUGUUCCAAUACGUCCUCUUGGAAGCCACGUAACAGCCAGAAUGGAUAGGCACGGUGCCAUUAAAUCGGACAAAAAUCAGACAUGUUCCACAUUCGACGAGAUGAAUCUCAACGAGAAUCUGCUGCGCGGGAUCUACGCGGCUCGUUUUGAAAAACCAUGGGCCCUCCAACGCCGCGCCAUCAUGCCGUGCCUCACUGGGUGCGACGUGAUUGUUGCAGCGCAAGCAGGAGCCGGAAAGACGGCCACGUUCUUGAUCGCAAUUCUUCAAAAUAUUGUCCCAGAUGUCUCUCAAUGUCAAGCGCUUAUUCUCACGCCAACUCGCGAGGUGGCGCAACGUGUAGAGGCGGACGCUUUGGCCCUUGGUGUCUACCUGAACGUUUCUUGUCGCGUAUGCGUCGGAGGAACGGCUAUCCGCGAGGACCAGCGAACAUUGGAAAGCGGUGUCCAAAUCGUGAUUGGAACCCCGGGUCGUGUCUACAAUAUGAUCGAUCGAGGCUCUUUGAAGAUUGAUCACAUCAAAAUGUUCGUUCUUGAUGAGGCUGAUGAAAUCAUGUCGCGUGGGACUGUUCGCAACAUUGUUAAUUUAGUCCAUGUGAUUAGUAGUGAUGCACAAAAGCUUCUGUUCUCAUGCACUGUGCCCCUCGAGCUGUACGAGGUGGCGUCCAACUUUAUGCGUGAUCCUGUAAAAAUUAGCAUCACGUGGGAGGAGCUGAUUCUUAACAGGGUGACGCAGUAUUACGUCAGCGUGGAAAAAAAGGAGUUGAAGUUGGACACAGUGUGUGACCUCUAUGACACGCUGUCUCACAAGCAGAACGUAAUUUUCUGCAACUCCCCAGCGAUGGUGGACUGGCUGGCGGGUCAGAUGAGAGAGAAGGGCCGCACAGUAUCAUCCACGGUAUCGGCUAGAGUAUUGGAAGGAAAGACGAAUUUGUCACCAUGUCCAAUUCCGUGGAAAAGGCGUCGCCAUCAGUUUCAUAACUGACGGAGAUUACGACACCAUGAAAUCCAUUGAGGACUUCUACCACACAAAAUUCAUCGAAAUGCCGACCAGUGUAGCCGACAUUUUCUAUUGUACUCAAAGGAAUCUUUUAACCAACUUCAAGCCAAAUAUAUUUGAAAAGAAGCCUUAUAAAAACUAAAAAAACAAUUUGACGAUGAAUUAGAUAAGAGAGAAGAUAAAUUAUCUGUAAUCUAGGUGUAUAAAUGUUUCAAUAUAUUGAUAAACAUGGAUUUUAUUAUUUGUAAUUGCAUUCAAUUUGAAAGUUUCGACUACUUAAUUUUUAAAAUAUUCUAAACGUAUUUGAUAGUGAUAUUCAUUUGCUUAUAUGAACGACCAGUCGGUAAUAAGGUAUGUAACUACUGAUCGGUUUCACAAGUUUUUAAUUUACAUUCCCUAUCAUCCCAAUUCAUUUGUAUCCAAGGAUGUGCUGAGAUUUUACAACCAUUUUGUACUCAUGUUCUCAAAUUAAGCCUUUUCAUGAUUCAUUGACCUAAUAUAUGUACAUGUCGCCUUCUCAAU